AUGGCCUGUAAUAGCGAAGUUACAACUAGGACAGCAGUCAUAGCAGUAUUAUUGAUAUUUGUUCUGUCAUUAUCUUCCCUUGUGUAUAUAUACUUCAAUUUCCCUCAGCUUGAAGAGAAUGAAAGAAAAUAUAUCAAAUUGCCACGUGAUAUGGAUGAUGCAAGAAACCUUGGAAAGGUUUUGGAUCGCUACAAAGAUAAAUAUUUCUUUGAAGUCUUACUUGCUGUAUUUGUAGCUUAUAUAUUUCUUCAGACAUUUGCAAUUCCAGGUUCCAUAUCACUGAGUGUGCUUUCUGGAUUUCUCUUUCCUUUUCCUUUAGCACUAUUUCUUGUGUGUUUUUGUUCAGCAACUGGAGCAUCUCUGUGCUACAUGGUUUCAUAUUUUGUUGGACGAAAAGUCAUUAAAAAGUAUUUCCCUGAAAAGGCAGAAAAAUAUUCAUUGAUGGUGGAAAAACACAGAGAUGAUAUUUUUAAUUAUAUGUUGUUUCUUCGAGUGACACCAUUUUUGCCAAAUUGGUUUAUAAAUAUUGCUGCUCCGGUUAUUAAUGUUCCAAUAUUGCCAUUUUGGUUUGGAACAUUUUUAGGAGUGGCUCCACCAUCAUUUCUCGCUAUUCAGGCUGGAGGAACUCUUCAUGAAAUUUCUAGUUCUUCUAGCACACUAAGCAUUACUUCUGUUUUGCUGCUUGCUGGGUUUGCUGUUUUGUCUCUGGUUCCUGUGCUAUUAAGACAAAGGCUAAAAGAAAAGUUUGAAUAG